UCGCCAUGGCCAGCUACGACAUGCUGCGCUGAGGGAGAUGCGGGCGCGCUCCGCCAUGGCCCAUGGGUGGGUUCGUGUUCUUGGCGCCGCCGCCACCCAACUACUAUGACGGUGUCCGGCGCCGCGCCGGCGACGUGCUCUCGGAGGCGCAGAUCAGGGACUGCCAGGAGCUGGGGGUGCUCCUCCAGAUCUUCACCAAGCCAGCAGGGGACAGGUUAAUGUUCUUCUUGGAGGUAAUCCAAGGAUCGGGUGGAGGUAAUCCAAAGGGUCGGGUGCCUGCAGAAGGAUGCCGCAAGAGUACCAGAAGAGCGGCUGCAGCGGGUUCGGCAAGGGCAACUUCUCAGAGCUGUCCAGGUGUGUUGAGGAGCAUGAGAAGUCCCUGCUGGAAGCCAAACAGCAGGCCCAGGAAUCCUUAGGAUCAACCCAGCUGGACGAAGAUUGCAAUGGCUUGCCAUUUAAGUAGAGAUGGAUAGUGAAGAAGGAUAAGCAACACUGAAGCAGACCAGCAACCGAGGAAACAUCCAUGCAGCAAGAACGCCACCAGAACACUACAAGCGGUGGAAGGCUACCACCAUAGUAAACACAGCCCGUCCAAAUGGCAAAAAUUAUAUCCUGAACUAGUAUACCCUGAACAUACGAAGAAUACACUUCCCAUGGCAUAAAUUUCUCCUUCCAAAUGUAUUUUCUAGUGCACAAGAAUACCCUUCCAAUAAAUAUGGAA